GCCAGAUUCUUGAUUACUAUAAUAUCCGGACGUAAAGAAAAACCAUCGAUUCUAAGAUAUUAUGUUUCAUUUUCGUCCCAACACCGUUUAUUAUUGGCUGAGAUACGUUGCUUGUUCCCUCUUCUGACCUCUUUUUCUCUGGCCUUCUUCCACCUGUCUUUCGGAACUCUGUCAGCGACAUCUACCUUUUGCACAUUCUUGCGCUUCCGACCUCGUUGUCAUUUGCCUUUAGCCUUUCUAACAGCUUAUUUCUAAUCGUGCUUCUCCUAAGUCUCUUUAAAGUCUUCAGAGCUCAUAAACCCUGCUGUACCCUAUAACCACAGGCUUCGUAAAAUUUGGAAUUUACACUGUCAUACCAUUUGGCUCCACUGGAAGUCGCCAUUCUUUUAUAUCAAUAAUCUGCAUUUGUUUCAUCCGAGACCAUCCGCUUUCGUCUUUGAAGAUGAUGAAUGGAGCCGAUUCUGAGAACGAAUACUAUGUAGAAGUUAAGAAGAAGCUUAUUUUUGUCACUAUACCACACCCGCGACGUCGCACUGCAUUAAGUGACGAGAGUAAUAACAGCCAAGAUAAGUCCUCUAGAAAGAAGCCGACCAACGACCUAGAAGCCUACGAAAACGUACUAGUAUCAAAAGCUUCUAUCGAACUAGCAGACGAAUAUCAGGUGCAAGCUGAAGUACGCGAUCAAAACAAUUAUAAUAUGCUCUUUAAUGGUGACUUUACGGGUUACGGACUUCAAGAGGUUAUCGAAAACCAGCUCUCAGCCAUUAACUCUUGCAUGAUCAAGAGACCUAAACCGAAAGUCAUUGAGCUCUGGAUUCGACUUAGCGCCUUUGCGCACUGGGCCACGGAUCGCGACCUGACCCAUUGGAUGAUGAUAGAUGAUUCACGACGCUGGAGUGACACAGUGGCUAUGAUUGGAUAUGCUACGAUUUCAACGUUGAAUACGCUAGAUCGUGCGGGGCUCCUACAGAAGGACUCACCGAUCAAGGAUCUAGGCUUUGUCCUGGCGCUUCUAGGUGAUUUUUCAACCAAGUGCUUUGACGUGGCUGGCGGAAUACCGUGGAUUUCUAAACGGUGCGAAGUCUGCUGGCCGUGGAAGAUCGUACAUUAUGCAAAGAUGAACGGCAUCCCAAUCCACGGCGUUCGCGACAUAGAGGAAAAGUUUGUCAAGAAAUAUGAUGACGAGAUUCUAGUAAAGUGGUGGAACAGAAAACCUUGCGUCGACCGCUGGGGUUGGUCUACUAAGUGGCGACACAUGCUGCGAAAUCAUGGAAAUGAUGGCCUAUCAAUCUUGCGGAGGACGCGUAGACUUGGUGGUGAGAUGUUCAACGUCACGCGCAUGGAUGAAGAAGAGAAACAUGUAUGA